GGCCUGGACUGGCCCGGCCUCCGCGUGCGCCUUGCCUGGCCUCGACCCAAGAGAAAGGGCAAAGGAGGCAGCUGCUGCUUCUCCGCUGCGUGGAGAACGCCACGCAAGAUCCAAGUCGAGAUGGCGGCACGACGUUAAGCCGUACUUCUGUGCAUCGGGACUGCUAUGCCUUGUUCAACUCCUUCUAUUCCAUCGAGUAUCCAGCAGCAGUCGGUGAGCUCAGCUGGACUUCGAACGGAAGUCUGAAUUCGAUGUGACCAGGUCAAAGAUGCCUCAGUCAGGCGACGAAGUCGGUGGUGCACGACCAGGCAGAUUAAAGGAGGGGCAGUGUCAAGAUCACCUUGCCUUUCAAAACUCCCAAACUGCUCUCCUCAACGUCUCUCAUCAUGUUCUCGAAGAAGAUCCUUGCCACCGUCUGUCUCGCCUUGGCCGUCUGUGAGGCCUUGGCCUCUCAGUCUUCCCACCGCAAGAACGGCCAAACGUGCACCGACAGCUACCAAUGCGCCAGCAACUCGUGCCAGUACUCCAAGUGCGCGACGAAGUUGUCCAACUGGUCAAAAUGUUACAAAGACAACAUGUGCCAGAGCGACUCGUGCGCCAAGGUUGACCAGGUCCAGCGCUGCGUUCCUACGUCGCUCCAGGCCAAUGGCCAAAGGUGCUCCGAGUCGAGCCAGUGCAGGUCGCAGUCCUGUCAGUACUCCAAGUGCGCAGAGAAGCGGGCUGACUUGCAGACCUGCUACAAGGACAACAUGUGCCGUAGCGGGAAGUGUGGAGCUCUCAAGGGUCACCAGGUCUGCCUUCCUUCCGCGACGUCGAAGUCAAGCAGCACGAAGAAGGCUAGCAGCACGACGAGUCAGGAUACCACCUCAGCAACAAGGAUCAUCAGCUUCUCCGUUGUCACCGAUCCAGGAACUCAAGUCAUCAGCACUUCGAAACUCGCGACGUCCACCGUCUCGACAGACAUGACAAGCUCGUCCAGCCUGUCCACCUCAACUGCGCCAUCCACAGCGACGCCGCCUGCGCUCAUCUGCGGAGUCGCAGGCUACCGCAGCAGCAACGAGCCCGAGGGAGCGUCGCUCACAUACACCAGUCUGGAUCAUGAAUCCACCCAAUCAGAGUGUGCGGCACAGUGUCUCGCCGACUCACAAUGCAUGAGCUACUUCAUCGGCGGUGCUGCUAACGGCUUCGCUUGCGCCACCUUUACUACAACGGCGGCCGUUGAGCUUAACCCUGUGCCAGGUGCCGCCAAUGUCAUCUAUGACAGAGACUGCCCAGUAAGCGAGGGCGUCAGCUCGACGGCGUCCAUCUCUGACAGCAGCACAUCGAGCAUGCCAACACCGACUGCGACCUCGAUGUCUUCUGCCGGAGCAGCCGUUAUCACGACUAUCGUGGACUAAUGUAUUGAGCGCUGCUGCAUCUCUCCAUUUAGUUUCCGACGCAGUCAGCAUCGCGUCCGCUCCCUGUCACCGUACCGUCACGCGCCCUCGACCUGUCUCUUGUUGCCUACAAUACAUCAGCACCUGACUUCAGGCGAACUCAUCUUCAUUGCCCCACAAGAGGCGCACUGUCUGCGGAAUUGGCGAAGCAUUG